CUUCCUUCCUUCCUUCCUUCAAAGCGCCCGGCGGCGAAGCUUCCAAAAUCCGAAGCCGCGUCCGGAAGCCCCAGCCGCCAGCGCGAGCCUUUAACAGCUGAGCCAAAUGCGCACGCGACCCCUCCCCUCCCCGGUGUCCAUGACUGGGUUUUUACAGAGCGGAACUCUCUGGUUUAAAUACAAUGUAGAAGGGAGAAGCUGCUCCCUUCAACUUCAGAAGGGAAGCUGAGCGAACGUGCGGCAGCGUGAAGAUCCCGCGCGUGCUCCUGAACUGAGCCUGCGCAGCUGGCUUCGGAAUCAAGUCGAAGCCUGUGGGAGCGAGGGCCUUCGGAGCGAGCCAGGGUGUUGGUUGUGGAGGUCUUUCAGACUCUUAAAACCAAGGCGUCGCUACGGGACCAGGGCUGUCAAACUCGCGGGCCGUGGGCUGGAUGCAUCACACGUUGGCCAAGCCCACACCCGGUUUAGCGAAGGGGAAAAAAGUUGGGAUACGUCACUGUAAACAUGACAGAUCAAGAACAGCGAAUGAACUCACUGAAGAAAGAAGUGCGGUCACUGUUGACACCUAUCAAAGAAGGUCUUACCCCUUACCAAUUAGAACAAGAAUACAAGAUUAUGAUAGGAAAAAUGCUUCCACUGCGUAUGUUGGGUUACCAUUCUGUUAUGGAACUAGUGAAGGACAUGCCUGAUACUGUUAACAUAUCUCCAAAAGGAGAUGGUACUGUUAUUCUCAAAGCUAUUGCUGAUGAAUCUACCAAAAGGAUUGCAAGCUUGGUUGCCAGACAAAAGAGCAGAUCUAAGCCACAACAUUCCAAACAUAACCUGAAUUUCUCUUUGCCUUCCACCUUUUGCUCUCAAGUGCCUUUGCACCACCAACAUUCUCUAAAUUUGCCUCGGCAUGGGGGAGGUCCUCCUAUUCUGCCCCCUGUUAUAAAAAGUGAGCUGAAGGAAAUGCUCAGAUUUUCCCCAGUUUUGCUCUCAGAUUUUGACAAAGCCUUUGCCCAACACUUUGGACGCAAAUUUGAAUUCGUGCGUUAUGGAUUCUUCUCCAUGUUUGAAGUGCUGAAUGCAGCUUCGGAUAUUAUUCAAAUUGUGCAAACAAGAGCAGGCUCUCUGUUGACGUUAAAAGAACACCCUCUUACGAAGCAACCAGAAAUGUCAGAGUGCAAAAUGGCAGUCCAGUCAUGUGAAACAGAGCAAACUUUGCCUGUUGCUGUACCAGAACCUGUGGCAGAGAUGCCUUCUCCAGUUCUGCCUAUGGAUGUUCUGUGUUCAACCACAGACCAGAAAUCUGAUGAUUUGCAAACACAUAUGAAACUAGUUGAAAGUCCAAAAGUGAGAACUGAGCUCAAGAAAGAAAUUAAGAUUGCCCUGGCCCAAAGAGGACCUGGAGGAAUAGUCAGCUCAGAACUUAAAGAAAAAAUUAAAAUUAUUGUAGCCCAGCACCCAAAUGGCCUCCAUGCUUCCAAGUUACCUGGAGAAUUUGAGGAGUAUUUUCAUGAAAAAAUGGCAGUAAGAAAGCUGGGAUUCUUAAAUUUGAUGGAACUUAUUGGUGCCCUUAAUGAUGUUCUCCGUAUUGAAUGCAGAGAAGGAGAAAAAGAUUGGCUCAUCUUUGACAUUGAUUCACAAAGCUUACCAGAUGAUGAACAAACAAAUGGUAAGAUUUCUCAGUCUGGUCUAUUAGCACAGCAGGAGGCCUCUGAAGAGCACGAAGUGCCCUCUUGGGAUUCCCCGUUUGAGGAUUCUAAGAAACUGGAGAUUAAGUUCAAUGUAGUAACAAAGAUGGUGAUGCCGCACCUAGGCAUAAAGAAAGAUAACAUUAUACAGGAAAUAAUGGAAGAAGAAAUACCACCAGAUGCUGUUCAAGAUGAAACUCUUUAUUGUCUCCCUAAGCUUGACAAGAAUGCUUUUGUUGGAUUAUUUGUGGAGGACAUUGUGUCACCUUCACAAUUCCAUGUCCGGAUUUACGGUGGAGAAACUUCUGAUGAGCUGGAAAAUAUUAUGAUUGAGAUGAGACGAUGCUAUUCUAGUAAUUAUGUAGCUAAUCGUUACGUCAUACCUGAAACCUUCAUCCGUCCUGGCCAGCUUUGUUGUGUAAAGAAUUCUAAAGAUAAAUGGUGGUACCGAGUUAUCAUUCAUCGACUCCUUAAUGACCAAGAAGUGGAAGUGUUUUACCCAGACUUUGGAAAUAUAACAGUAGCUCAAAAAUCUUCACUGAGGUUACUCAAACAUUGCUAUGCAAAACUUCCUGCCCAAGUUAUCCCUGGCUGUUUAGCCUGGGUGAAGCCAAGCAAGGGUGAUUGGUCUGUCAGUGCUAUAAAGGAAUUCCGAAGACUGUGUGAGCUGAAAUUGCUGGUGGGACUGGUAGAUGAAUAUAUAAAUGAUGUCCUUUACCUCUUCCUUUGUGAUACCAGUUCCGAUGAUGACGUCUACUUGCACAAUGUUUUGAAAUUAGAGGGUCAUGCACUCAUUUGUAGGGAAAACAUUCCUUCCAAGGGCUUCGAAGAGUUAAAUCCUUUUACGCUAUAUAUGAAACCAAACCAAAACCAGCAUGCUGAUUUCACAGAAGCAGACACUUCAUUGCUUCAGCAGGACUUUCUUGUAAACUUCCCAGGAACAAAUCCAGAGACUUGCAAUAAUGAAGUAGUUUCACAGCACACAGCAAGCCAAUUCUCAGAUCCUGAACUACCAUACCUGGAGCCAGUGUAUUUAUGCCAAGAAAUUUGGGAUGAGAACUGGUUGCCUUCACCAUAUGAAAAAAAGAAAAAUGAGGAUGCUUCUGAUAAUUUACAUACUGAUAUUAUGGUAGUUUCUCACCAGACUUCAGGUCAUGAAGGCAACAAAAAUAAGAUCCAACACAACCAAAGUGUGAUUCAAAAGACCAGGGAUGUGUCCAGUGCCAUUGAGACAGCAGAUGAUCCAAGUCUGGAACAUCCAAGUGAAAUUCUGAGCUCGAUGGCAGAAACAAAGACAGAAUCCUCUGUUGGAGAUAUACCUGAUUCUUUGUCACAAACAUUAGAAGAGUUUUAUGUUUCCAUUGUUCAUUCCGAGAAACCAAGAAAGCUGAGUCAAAAUGAAUCAGAUGUAAAUAAAUCGUCUGCUUGCCAUUCCCAACUUCCUCCAUCAACAUCUGUGUUGCAUGGAAGACCUGCUUCAGAGAAUAUGGUUAAUGAUGCUUCUAGAACUCAAACAGUUUCUGUAUAUAAUGCUAAUCGUUACUUUGAACCUUGGGCCCUUGGUCACAAUGCUUUGGUCUUUACUGCUGAGCUUCAGGGCUCUCCAAAAUUCUGUAUUCCAUGCAGUCCAACUGUUGCCUUGGGAGCAUCUGCACGACUAGCUGUCUCUGGUGGAUAUUUCCCCCUUACCUUUAGGAAGAUGAAGAUAUCACAAAAUUUUGAAGACCAUGGACUGCCUGCUAAACACUGGAAAGGAGGGGAGCUACUGUAUAACUGUGCUGGAGUUGUUGCAGCAAAAACAGCCUUUCUACUUCUGCAAAUCUUCAUCCUACUUAACUGCAUUUUGAGAAGAGGGAAGCAGAAGGCUCAACAGAAUAAAGUUACAACCUCCAUUGGUGCGUUGAUUGAGUUUGUCUCAGUUAACCCUAGGAAUUCUACAUUGUGCCUAAACAUCUCUUUCUGGUGAAGAAUAGAUAACUUUCUUUUUCAUCUUCUUCAAUAUGAAUUCCAAAAUACCAAGAGAAUUUCACCACUCAUUUUCCCAACAACUUCUUUUGUUCAGGUGCUGUACAAUUAUCUUUAUAACUGAUUAUUAAAUAUUAAACACUGAACAAAAAACCAUUUGUUGUUUUACAAUAUUAAAUAUAUGCAAGGG